AUUAUUCUGCAUCUAACGUUACAGGAAGUUCUAUUAAUGAUUAAUGUAAAUUGAUUACGCCUGUGUUUUUACUACAGACAAUGAUUCCAGUGUUCAAACGGCGGAAGGGAGACGGGUCCCUUUUGAUAUCGGAUAGUGGGGAGGCGUUGGCAGUGAGGAGGGAACGGCGAGGAAAGGGCUAUUAUGUUCCUCCAAAGUCUCCUACUGUGGUAAGGGCAGAUGCAGUGGGGAGAGUGCAGCAUCUGGGAGGAGAUGUUCGAAACUCAAAGCAUCUUCUGGGCCAGUUCCAAAUUCAGUUUGGACAGUUCCGAAAUGAAACCUUUCUGUGGCUGGCUGAAAAUGCCCUUGGCUACAUUGCACAUCUGGUGGCCAUUACAGAGAACGAGUCGGCUCACUCAGAUUCAAAGAAUAACUGGGUGAACAAGAUGGCCCUGGUGAAGUAUCUGCGGCUGUUCCCAGAGGGCAAUGAGGCAAUUUCUGUGAAAGCAGGAAAGAAAGGUAGGUCACUACCAUUGCCCCUGCCCCUGCACCACAGGUCGUUCCAGCCUCCACCCAUCCAAUACGAACCCUCCCGGUAGAUAACACCUCCCCUUCCUGCUCUUAUACAGUCCCGAAGAUUGUAGUACCAGCCUCCUGCCAG